AUGCCAGCUUUAACGUAUGGUAAACUUGUCUCUUUUAAGUGUGACAUAUAUGGAUAUAUUGAAUGUUACGUAGCUUCAUGGAUUUGGAAAGUUGUUCCAGUCACUUUAGUUGUUGUUGGAAUCAUUGGAAACCUUCUUAACUUGAUGGUUUUAUCAUCGCAUCAACUGCGGAAGAAGUCAACGUGUGUAUAUCUCAUGUUUCUGGCAGUUACAGAUAUGAUAGUUUGCAGUACAGGUCCUUUGCCUAAUACUGUAAGGAUCGCCUUUGGCACUGAAAUACGUUCAUGGUCUUCAUUUAGCUGUGCCUUUUCACAUUGGUCAUUGUUUGCGUCUGGAAUGAUGUCAUGCUGGAUCAUCGUUUUGGUAACAGCAGAAAGAACGUUUGUAACGUUGUUUCCGACUACAUUCAAGCCAAAGAUGACACCGAGAAACGCAGUUAUCAUCGCCGUUGUCACGUUGAUUCUCGUCAUCCUAUUAAACGCACAUUUGAUUUACGGCAGCACCAUGAUUGAAAGACAGAUUAAUAUUACAGAAAAUAAUGUUACAAGAAUCCAGACAACCAAUCAUUGCUCCUUACGCAAAGGUGGAUACUCAGAAUUCUAUAACGCCGUAUGGAAAAAAUUGCUUCUUAUUCUUGGAUCAGUUGUACCUCUUAUACUCAUUAUCACGGGAAAUGCAAUUGUGGCAACAUCGUUGAUUAAGAGCAAACGAGCACUUCGCCGUGUUCAAAUCCAAAACAACGCCGUAAAUCGCAACGACCGGCAGUCACCUAGAAAUAAUGCCAAUUACAGAAUGUUUUUCAUUCUCUGCAGUGUAUACGUUGUAACAACUGUUCCAUAUGGCUUGUACCUGAACCUCCUCGAAUUCGGCAAAGAGGUCGACGAGCAUACAUUAGCAAAGUAUCAGCUGCUUAACGCUAUCACGAGAUGUUUGAUUUGGAGCAACUUCAGUUUCAAUUUUCUUCUCUACUUCAUGACCGGAUCUUUGUUCAGAAGGGAAUUUAAGAAAAUUCUAGAGUCAGUUCAUAAAUCAAUUACUUCGGUUACAAAUAGAAGUGUACAGCCACAAAACAUUCAAAGUAACUAA